CGAAAAAUGGGAGAAAAUGGGAAGCCCUUACCGCAAUACGGUAAGAACGUCCUUAUUAAAAGUGGACUCAUAUAUAUAUAUAUAUAUAUAUAUAUAUAUAUAUACACACACACACAUACACACACCACAAACUGUACUCAUGCAUCACAAAUCCAAUACUUUCACUACAACAUCAAUAAUGCAACCACUCCCAAAAAUGGAACUCACACUCCCAUACAUUUCUCUCUCCGUUUUCCUCCUCCUCAUCGCUUUCAAAUUCCUGUCGCAACAAAGCCAACGCCGCCGCAACCUCCCUCCGAGUCCCCGCUCCCUUCCGGUCAUCGGCCACCUCCACCUCGUCAAACAACCUCUCCACCGGACCUUGCACAAACUCUCUCAAACCCUCGGCCCCAUCUUCUCCCUCCGGUUUGGGUCCCAACUCGUCGUGGUCAUUUGCUCGCCGUCCUUGGCCGAAGAAUGCUUCACCAAGAACGACAUCGUCCUAGCCAACCGUCCCAGGUUCAUGGUCGGGAAAUACUUCGGUUACGACUACACCACCGUCGUUAACGCCCCCUAUGGCGACCACUGGCGCAAUCUGCGCCGCCUCAUGUCCCAGGAAAUCUUCUCCACCGGCCGCCUCAACGCCUUCCUAUCCAUCCGUCACGACGAAGUCGGGCACUUACUCCGCCAACUGUACAAGAAAUCGUCGACCGAUUUCACCAAGGUCGAAAUGAAGUCGAAGCUCUCUGGGCUAACGCUUAACAUCAUCAUCAGACUGAUCGCUGGGAAGCGGUAUUACGGGGACGAGUUGGAGGAUUCAGCAGAGGCGAAGGAGUUCCGGGAGAUCGUGACUGAGGUUUUCUUCUAUGGCGGCGCGUCGAACCCCGCGGACUUCUUGCGGGUUCUACGGUGGAUUGAUUAUAAGGGUUUUGAGAAGAAUGUGGAGAGAAUUCAUAAUAGAAUGGACGCGCUAUUGCAAGGGUUGAUCGAUGAGCAUCGGAGGGAUAAGAGUAAGAAUACGAUGGUUGAUCAUUUGCUUUCGUUGCAAGGGUCACAGCCAGAAUAUUAUACAGAUGCAAUUAUUCGAGGGCUUAUGAGUGUCAUGAUACUAGCUGGGACAGACACCUCUGCAGCAACAAUGGAAUGGGCAAUGUCUAAUUUGGUGAACCACCCAGAAGUGUUGUCGAAGGCUAGAGCAGAGAUAGACGCUCAUGUCGGCCAAGAUCGCCUAAUUGAUGAACAUGAUGUCCACAAGCUUCCUUACCUUAAUGCUAUCAUAUCUGAAACCUUCCGACUUUGCCCAGCGGCACCCAUGCUAGUACCACACAUGUCAUCUGCUGAUUGUACUAUUGGGGGAUACAAUGUGCCACGCGGCACACUCUUGUUAGGCAAUGCAUGGGCCAUUCACAGGGAUCCUAAGGUUUGGGAUGACCCAACAAGCUUUAAACCUGAGAGGUUUGAAGGUGGAGAUGUGGAGGGACAUAAGCUAUUGCCAUUUGGGUUGGGAAGGAGGUCCUGCCCCGGGGCAGGUUUAGCCCAACGUGUUGUGGGCCUGACCUUGGGAUCACUUAUUCAGUGCUUUGAGUGGAAGAGGGUGAGUGAGAAUCUUGUUGAUAUGACUGAAGGGAUUGGUCUUACCAUGCCCAAGGCAGAGCCGUUGGAAGUCAUGUGCAAAGCACGUGACAUCACGAAGAAGGUUCUCUCUGAAUGCAAAUGAUGCUUGAGCAAUGUUAUUCGAAGGUCCCGAGAACGUGUUUCCGUGUUUUAGUAGUCCAAUUUUUCUUCUGUUGUAGUUUGUUGUUUUGCUGUGUUUUCUGAUAUUUGUGGUAUUGUACAAAAGCUAAUUAAUAUGUAUGAGUGCCUGGCUACGAUAUUAGUUUUUCAAAUAUGUUGUUAGCAUGAUGAA